UUUCUCGGGUUGCAAGUAGGAGCUGCGUGAAAAUGGGAAAACCGAACCAGAAGCGAAAACAGCGAAAUCGAAGCGUGAAUGAGCAGAACGACGAAAAGAAGAUCAAAACGGCGGAAGAUGACGAACGGGAGGAAAUUAUUUCCGACGAUCCUGUGAGGGAGGAAGACUCGCAGGAUGAAGUUCACUCGAACGUGCAAAUCUGGGUGCAGGAGCAACAACCGUACCUGGAGACUGGUUACGAUGAGAUCGAAAACGAUAUUACGGAGGAAAACGAAGCUUCAUCACAGGUGCUCCCCGAAGAUACAGAGAUUUUGCUGCGAGAAAGACUUAAAAAUUAUAGCGAGGAAGAAAAAUGCCAGAGCGUCAAGUACGAGUGCGAAUGGAACAAGUGCCAGUAUCUGUCCGGGCACGAUAGGAAAUACUUUCUGCACGUCGAACAGCACGCCUCGGACUCGAACGCAAACGAUGAGGGUUGUUACGAUUGUGCCUGGGAUUUGUGUGACUUUGUCGCUAAGAGCAAGGACGAUUUAAUGGGACACGUGCACUACCAUGGUUACCACACGAAGCUGAAAGUGCAUGGUGCAAGCUUAACGUUCCUGCUGAAAAUUCCCGCCUGCAGCUAUGAUAGUCGCACGCGAAACACGAUCUCAACGCGCCCGACAAGCUUCAGCUGUGAGUGGGAUGGUUGCGGACAACUGUUCAACAAGGCGAUGCAUUACUUUCACCACGUCGAUACACACAUCUUCGAUCUCUUUGCUCCCGGCGUGAAAAGCGCCAAAGAGCCGCAGCGCUGUCUUUGGCCGGUGUGCAACGAGAGCUUCCGGGAACGAUGGAAGGCAGUUAGGCACAUCAAUGCGCACACCGGCCGCAGGGCACUGGCUUGCUAUAACUGCGGGGAAAUGUUCAGAGAGCGCUGCAAGUAUCUGGAUCACUGCCAUCGGCAGAUCGAGCUAGCGGAUCGUAAAUACCAGUGCCCAGAAUGUGACCGGUUUUAUGCUACACAACGAUUGUUGAAGGCUCAUCUGGCAAAGCAUACCAAAAAUGCCCAGUGUACAUUGUGUCCGCUCAGUUUUCCCUCAAUGGCGACCCUUUCGCGACACAUUCUCACUCGUCAUAUAAAGGAUCGUCCUUUUGCGUGCAACCAGUGUAGCUACCGUUCGGUCACCAAAUACGAGCUGGAGAAACACCAUCAAACCCACAGCACGAAAAACGUUUACCGGUGUUCGGAGUUUGGGUGCAAUGUGGUAUAUAAGAGUGAAUCGUCCAUCAAAAGGCACAUCAGCAUGCACUACAACCGGCCCGUCCACUACGAGUGCCAUAUCUGCUCCAAAAGCUACAAGAUCGGUUGGUCGCUUUCGAAACACUUGGCCACUGUACAUGAGGUAGAGCGAUUGUAUGGUCACACCCGGUUUCGGUAUAAAAUUGACACGGAUGGUGUGUUUCGGUUAGCGAGUUAUAUAGAUGAACGCGAUAAAAAGAGUGGCAUGGCGAACGUUCCGCAAGAAGGUAGUUCUACAUCGCCGCCCGACUGCACCGUGGAGGAAAUGUCGCAGGAGACACUGCGUGAGAAAGAUCCGCUUGCCGAUGGUUCCAUCAAGCUGGUUAAUGUAAAGCCUACGAUCAGCACCAUCACACCGAAGGGUAAUACAUUCAUAGUGGAGCUGUCGCUGGAACCGGAUAACCAAGCAUCGAACGCUAAGAAAAGCGAUUCCGUGCAAGUGAAUGAAGACGUCGUUGAAACGUUACCGGAGGAAGCAAAGGACCAGGCGACAUCGUCGUACGAACAGACUGAGAGGAUCAAACAAGAAGACGGCAGUCAAACCUCCGAGGUGAAGCUGGUACAAGAUUUUACAGUUAUGAGACGUUAUUUGAAGUUCAGCAAAAUGCCUAAAAUAAACGGUAAAUCCGGAGAUUAACCGAAACAGGA